CAAGAAGAAAUUUGCAAUUAACUCAAAACUCAAAAUUAUCCAAAAAACUAAAUCCCCCAAAUACCUACAUCUCUACUUCCACCUCGCAACAGUAAUUGAAUCCGAACCGCAUUAAAUUCUUAACCUAACCCAUUAUUUUUUUUUUCCAAAACUUUAAAUUAAAAAUAAAAUAAAAACCACCACGUUGGCAAAUGAAAUCUCAACUCCUCUCUCAACCCCUUUCUAUAAAUACCAUAAAACUACCACACCCACCAAACCAUUAUUACUAAGCUAGCAGUUUUUAAUUUUCCUUUGCAUUAAAUAACUUCCCACCAAACCAAAUUAAAACAACAUCAGAAAAAAUAAAAAAAAUACCCUUUAGUUUUUUUUUCUGCAGAGCUACAAACAAUGGAGAAACCCCACACUAUUCGUAUCCUUAAAACUCACAAAUCCUUCAUUCUUACACAAAUCUCUCUAAGGUUUCUUGCUGCCGCUUCAACUCUUGCUGCCACGUGGAUCACAUUCACCAGCAAACAAACCACCCUCGUUUUCGGUAUCCAAAUCGAUGCCCGUUACAGCUAUUCUCCAACUUUCAAGUUCUUUGCAUAUGCAAAUCUGAUAGCAAGCGCCUUCACGUUUCUUUCGUUGUUUUUCGUAUUCGUGCUGGGGAACAAGCCUGCGGUUGAUCCAACACACUACUUCUACAUAUUCCUCCAUGAUUUGAUAAUGACGGUGUUGUUGAUGGGGGGAUGCGCGGCAGCAACUGCGAUCGGAUACGUGGGGAAAUACGGGAAUAGCCACUCCGGUUGGGUAGCAAUUUGUGGCUACUUUGGGAAAUUCUGCAAUAGAAUUACAGCUGCUUCUUUGCUGUCUUAUUUUGGAUUUCUUUUAUAUCUUUUGCUAACUGUCAUUUCUGCUAAUAAAUCGCGCCAAAUCCAAGUUUGAUUAUGGAGGAUUUUACUAUUUAAAGAGUAUUUUGUGGUGUUUUUCAUUUCAAUUUGGUUUAUUUAGGAGUUGAUAAGUAUAUAGUAAUUAGUAAUUUGCGUAUAUGUUUGAUUUCGUGUCUUCUAUUGUUAUAAAUAGUUAAUGUAAAGAAGUUUGGCCACUAAGUGGUUCACUUUCA